GGCUCUGGUGGGCAGACCGCAGCCACCGCGUGCCUCGGCCGGCCGCCUUCGAUGGGGGCUUCCCAGCUGGACCCCAGGAUAGGAGGCGCUCUGGCGGCUCCCCACCGCCCGCCAGCCUGUGGGGUAGCGUUUCCCGCGGCGGGCGAUCAGCCGGGCGGCGGCGAGGGCUAUAAGCGGCGGGGCGCCCACCCUCGAAGCAGGAGUCCGAGCGAGGAGACGGCGCUGGAACCCAUGGACACGUCGUAUCCCCGCGAGGACCCCCGGGCCCCGACGCCCCGCAAGGCGGACGGCAACGCCCACACGGCCCUGACGCUGGGGGCACCGCGACCCCCACCUCGAGACCACUUGAUCUGGUCCGUGUUCAGCACCCUCUACCUGAACCUGUGCUGUCUCGGCUUCCUGGCGCUGGCCUACUCCAUCAAGGCCCGAGACCAGAAGGUGGCUGGAGAUCUGGAGGCAGCCCGGCGUCUCGGCUCCAAAGCCAAGUGCUACAACAUCCUGGCCACGAUGUGGGCGCUCGUGCCACCGCUCCUGCUCCUGGUGCUGGUGGUGACCGGCGCCCUGCACCUGUCUCGGCUGGCCAAGGGCUCCGCCGCCUUCUUCAGCACCAAGUUCGACGACGCCGACUAUGACUGACAGGCCGGGCCCUGUCCCUGUCCUGACCAGGGACCCCAACCCCGGGGCUCUACCCCAGCCCCCUGGAGCCCUGACCAUCUACAGGGCUGAGGCCCACCCCUGCCCUAGCCCGGGCACCUAACACUGACUCUGAAGGUCUUUCACUUGGGCCUCAGGGACUUCCCCUCAGCUCGAUGCCCCCAGUUCCCUAACCCCUGGCCCUCAGGCCAGCUCCUUCCUCCCCACUCACCAGCCUCGGCUGUUCAAUUAAAAAGACCUGGUUCCAGAAA